AAGUCUCCCGCCAAAAUAACAGUAAUCGUAUGCAAUAAAGCGCGCAAUUACAUGUGCAGUGCAUCAUCAUCUCCAUUUGCAAGCAACCAGCAUCGCUAGCUUGUCAAAUUUAUUUUUCAUUAACAUUAAAAGACUUUUAUUCCACUUACUCCAAAUAAAUUUAUAUCAACCGGCAUAAAAAUGACGGGAAAAGACAAAAGGGAGAGAAUGUUUGUGGUUAAACGAAAUGGAGAAAAAGAGGAGGUUCAUUUUGAUAAAAUCACCACGAGGAUUGAAAAAUUAUGUUACGGCCUAAACAUGGAUUAUGUUGACCCGCCGGCAAUAACAUCAAAAGUUAUUGAUGGUCUUUAUAUUGGUGUGACGACAGUACAAUUAGAUAAUUUAGCUGCUGAAAUAGUUGCUACGAUGACAACCAAGCACGCGGAUUAUGCUAUUUUGGCAGCUAGAAUUGUCGUUUCUAAUCUUCAUAAAGAAACUAAAGAAAGUUUUAGUGAGGUAAUGAAUGAUUUACACAAUGCCCAUGAUCCAGUGACAAAAGAACACAUUCCAGUAAUAAGUAAACACCAUAACGAUAUAAUCCAAAAACACAAAGAAGUCCUGGAUGCAGCAAUUAAUUAUGAUCGUGACUUUGAUUACAAUUACUUUGGUUUCAAGACACUCGAGCGUAGUUAUCUAUUAAAAAUAAAUGAUAAAAUAGUCGAGCGUCCUCAGCAAAUGUUGAUGAGAGUUGCUGUGGGAAUCCAUGAAGAAAAUAUUGAGAAAGUUCUCGAAACUUACGAGUACAUGUCGCAGAAAUAUUUUACCCAUGCUUCACCAACACUUUUUUCCGCUUGUACUGUAACCCAGCAAAUGUCCAGCUGUUUCCUGCUGACGAUGAUCGAUGACAGCAUCGAAGGAAUUUACGAUACCCUUACAAACUGUGCGAUCAUCAGCAAGUCCGGUGGUGGAAUAGGACUGAGUAUACACUGCAUCAGGGCUAAAAACACACCAAUAAUGAGCACCAAUGGCGUAUCGAAUGGUCUAGUCCCAAUGUUACGUGUGUAUAACAAUGCAGCGCGACAUGUCGAACAAGGUGGUAAUAAAAGACCAGGUGCAUUUGCUAUUUACAUUGAACCCUGGCAUUCAGACAUCUUCGAAGUACUCGACUUGAAAAAAAAUACCGGCAAAGAAGAGUACCGAGCACGUGAUCUGUUCUACGGAUUAUGGAUCCCAGAUUUAUUUAUGAAACGUGUAAAAGACAAUGCCAAGUGGAGUCUCAUGUGUCCGCAUGAAUCACAGGGACUUUAUGAUUCAUGGGGUGAAAAAUUUGAAAAACUCUACACUGAUUACGAAGAGAAAGGUCGUUAUGUCCGUCAAGUUGAGGCGCGUGAUCUCUGGAUGGCGAUUCUUAAAUCACAGGUUGAAACUGGGACCCCUUAUAUGGUUUACAAAGAUCACUGUAACCGUAAAUCAAAUCAUCAACAUCUUGGUACCAUAAAAAGUAGUAAUCUGUGCACUGAAAUAAUUGAAUAUUCAAGUCCAGAUGAAAUAGCCGUUUGUAAUUUAGCCUCAAUUGCUGUAAAUAAAUUUGUCGACACAACGACAAAUACUUAUAACUUUGAAAAAUUGAAAUCUGUCACUAAAAUAGUGACGAAAAAUUUAGACCGUGUUAUUGAUGUCAAUUCGUACCCUCUACCUGCUGCCGAAAAAUCUAACCGUACUCACCGCCCAAUGGGUAUUGGAGUCCAAGGUCUUGCUGACGCUUUUCUACUCAUGCGUUACCCAUUCGAGAGUGAAGAAGCGCAGAAAUUAAAUAUACAAAUUUUCGAAACUCUCUAUUACGGCGCGUUGGAAGCCAGCUGCGAAAUGGCGCAAGAAAAAGGCACUUAUGAUACCUACAAAGGUUCACCAGUUAGUAAAGGCAUACUGCAGUAUGACAUGUGGGAUGUAAAGCCAAGUGAUCUGUGGGACUGGUUUGUACUUAAGGAGAAAAUAGCGCAGCAUGGGUUAAGAAAUUCACUUCUGUUGGCUCCAAUGCCCACAGCAUCUACUGCCCAAAUUUUAGGAAAUAAUGAAUCUAUUGAGCCGUACACAAGUAAUGCUUACGUUAGACGGGUUUUGUCUGGAGAAUUCCAGGUUGUCAAUCCGCAUUUACUUAAAGAUUUAGUCAAAAAUAAUUUAUGGAAUGAUGAUAUGAGAAAUGAAAUCAUUGCUAAUAAUGGAUCUAUUCAAGAGAUCCAGGGAAUUCCUGAUGACUUAAAAAAAUUGUACAAAACUGUUUGGGAAAUAUCUCAGAAGACAGUAUUAAAAAUGGCUGCUGACAGAGGUGCGUUUAUUGAUCAAUCUCAGUCACUAAAUGUCCACAUGGCUGAGCCGACAACUGGAAAAUUAACUUCGAUGCAUUUCUACGGAUGGGAAAUUGGUUUAAAAACGGGAAUGUAUUAUUUACGAACUAAACCGGCUGCCAAUGCUCUACAAUUUACUGUUGAUAAAACGAGGCUGCCUAAUUACCGUCCCAAUAAAUCGUUGAAUGAUAGUGGUACUGCUGGACAGGAAAUGGAAAAUAAAAUUGAGGAGGAAGAGAAAGAAGAUGAAGAAGAAGAAGAAGAAGAUCCAGUACUGGUUUGUUCACGUGAAAACGGCGACGCGUGUAUGGCAUGCAGUGGAUAAUUAAUUUUAUUAUGCGUAAUGUGUUUUUUUUUUCUUUUUAUAUUUAAUUAUAAUGAAUUAUUAAAUAAGUUCCGUUUAUUUUAUUAAGUAGUAUUACUAAACAUAUCGAUGUACGCAAUAUGAAAUUCAAAAUAAAUUAACAGGAUUCCAUAAAUUGUUAGUUUAAAU